UUCGCCGCCGUGGUGCCCGUUUGUUUCCGUAAUUCGCCCGAGACGAGGCGUCCGACGUUCGCCUCGGAGCUCGCUCUUGUUUGUUUAUUUUUUUGUUUUUUUUUUUUUUUACGUUUUUUUUUCCACCCCGCCGCGAAGAGUGACCCUUUUUGAUCGACUUCAAACGAAAAUUCAUGUAAAAAAAAAAAAAAACAAAAAUUUGAAAGCAACACCGCAAAAACCCGAACGGUCGCCAUACAGGAAACAGGAAUACAUUUUUUGACUGUUGUCGUACACCGUAUGAUAUGAUAUUAAUAUUAACCGCCGAAACUUUAUUAUAAUAUUUCAUAUUAUUAUGGUCGAUUUAUCGCGGACGUGUGCUAGUGUGAGCGUCUUAAAAACGGCCUUAUUAUAUUAUGUAGAUGUAUAGGUAAGUCGGCCUGAUUGUACAUAUAUAUAUAUAUAUAUAUAUAUAUACAUGUAUAUGUGAUAACUGCGGAGUCGUCCAACACCCAUAUCGCGAUGUGAUGACAACUGUGAAACGAAAAGCGUCAUUAUAACUUUAAACGUGGUUCGGUGGCGAGCCGGGCCGGGGCCAUGGACAGGGCCGACCGUCUAGCCCGGAGCUUGGAGUUGGAGAAGGCCUACGUGCACGACACUUACCAGGAGAUGUAUCAGCCCGCACACAAGACCAAACCGUGGCCGAAGGUGACGCAGUUCCUGCACGACUUGGAGCCCGGAUCACUCGUGUGCGACAUCGGUUGUGGUACGGGAAAAUAUUUAUCGACCAACCCGCAUGUGUUCAAAGUAGGAGUUGACCGUUGCCUGAGGUUAACUGAAAUAGCAAGAAGUCGAGACAGCGAAGUAUUGGUGUGUGACAAUCUAACCUUACCAUUCAAAGACUGUAGUUUAGAUGCUGUAUUAUCUAUAGCUGUUAUUCAUCAUUUUUCGACAACAGAAAGACGUGUGUGUGCCUUACGAGAACUAGCCAGGGUACUUAGAAUUGGUGGUCGUAUAAUAAUUACAGUGUGGGCCAUGGAACGACGCCAUAGAAAAUUUCAAUCUCAAGACGUGCUAAUGCCCUGGCACAAGCCCUGUAGAAAUUUAGAAAGUGAAUCAACAGAAUUUUCCACAACCACAACCACGUCUGACGAGGAAUACAUUAGCACGAGAAAAAAAUCUAAUUCCGAUUCGACAACGAGUAUCAAAAUGUGUUGUGAAAGAAAAACUAAGCGUAAGGAACAAUCAAAUUGGAGAAAAGGGAUAACGAGUUCCCCGAGUAGUUCUAGCUUAUCGAGUCCAGGGACUGAAACUUGUUAUAGCUUUGUUCGGAAAGCAAUACAGAAGCUUGCCGGUUCAACCAAGCGAGGUAAAGUGUCAUCGAAACCUUGGUUCGUUGGUUCUUGGACAUCACUUUAUGGUACUGAGUUACCGUCAGUAUUACGUUCGGAUCCUGAAGGGUGUGAGACUUGUAACGAAGAUGUACUAAAUGUUCCUAUAGAACUCAGACGAAUGGAAGAUUCACCAGACUCGAUACCGCUAUUCAAUCGAACACCUACACACAAAUCUAAGAGUUUAACCGAUAUCAAAAACACUACGGAAAAACGGAUGGUAAGAUCAAGGUCUAGUAUACCGGAAUUGGAAAAAUCUAUGCCAUUAACUCAUUCAAAACCAAAAUUAGUGAAACAAAAACAAUCGCUAUGUGAUGAGGAUGCAGAAGAGGAUAGAGAUAAAGCUACUGAUAUGAAAGAUUUGGUUAAUAAGUUACCUCAAUUCGACGUAGGCAGUGGUUCAAAAAGAUACAGAUAUAAAAGUAAUGAAAUAAAACAAAGGUCGAUGAAUGAAGAACUUAUGUCUGUAGAAAGGCUUAAGGAAAAAGAAAUCGUUCAAAAGAACAUUCAAAGACAAGCGUCGUUAAAUGAAGAGCUUAUGUAUAGCACACGUACUAUGGAAUCUAUUAAAGAUACAUUACAAUUGCUCAAAACCGGAUUCACGAAAACGUUUAAAAAUCCAUCCAGUCAGGUAUCUGAUAACAUUAAAAGUGGACUUAGUAGAAUGCUAGGGUAUAAGGAAGGUUGUGAAGAAAAGGUUAGUGAUGAAAAAAAAAUAGAAAUGCCCGUUCCCGCAUUAGUGACAACAACAUGUUGUGAUGGACGAAGAAGUUCCCGUGAAGAUGGUUCUUCGGAAGAUUCGUCAAAAGACAGUUUACAGAGUGAUGCUAGUGUUGAUUCUGAAGACAGUCUGAGUAGUUUAGCGUCUGUUAUAUUUGUGAAUGCGACCGGUGGAUCUGAUAAGACAUGUUCACCGCCAUUAGUGGAACAACAAGCACGAACGGCUCCGUGUACACCCACUGCUAAAUCUCAAAGUCAAUACAGAUCGUCUUCACAUCCUAACACGCCGAAAACAGCGCCUAUUCACCCGUCACAUUUUAGAUUACCAACUAGGUUCAGCUCACAAAAUGGAAAUGAACCAUAUCAGUUAAAUUUAUCAACAGAACAACAAGUCGACGACAUUUUAAAACCCAUAAAAUUAUCACCUGUGAAAACAGCAAUAGAAAUGAAGCUCAAAAGAGAGCAAGAAAAAGAUCAAGAACUAGAACGUAGAGAUCAUGUUUGCGAAGGUGGAGAUCAUAAUGCACGGCCUAAAGAAAGAAUUAGUGCAGAGAAGCUUAAACAAAUUCAAGAUCUUCUUUUAAACACUAAACCAGUAACUGGACGUAAUCGUCUACCAAAAGCUGAUAGAACCUUUUCUGGUUUACGCGGAAGACAUUUUAUUAAAACAGUUGAAGAAACAUUUCAUCCAGAAAUAGACGAUAUAGAUAGUGAUGCUGAAUCAUCUUCCUCUGAUUCUGUUAGCAGUGUUAUAAGUGUAGUGGUGGAAGAUGAACGCAAAAUUACAGAUAUCGAGUUUGAUGAACCUUUUGAAACACCAGUAAAACCCGAAGAUAAAAUAUCGACGGAACAAGGUAAUUUAGAACAAAUCUGUUGUUCAGAUCCUGCUGUGAUUAAAAAAGGUUCUAACCCUAAAGAAUAUCCAAGCCCUAAAGAAGAUCCUUGUCCUACAGAAGAUCCUAUCCCUAAAGAAAAUCUCAACCUUAAAGAAGAUCCCAGCCCCAUACGAGAUUCCAGCCCUAUAGGAGAUCCCAGCCUGAAAGAAGAUAGCAGUUCAUUAGAAGAUCCCAGCCCUAAAGAAUAUCCCAUCCCGAAAGAAGAUCCCAGCACGAAAGAAGAUCCCAGCUCAAAAGAAGAUACUACCCCAAAAGAAGAUCCUAGCCCAAAUGAAGAACAUAACUCUAAAGAAGAUCAACCAAAUCAUACUAACCGGUGGAGUCUGCAAGAACAUCCAAACAAAGGAACGGCAGUUCGAAACAGUCCAAGUCUCGGUUCAAUACCAAAACACAAGAGAGCCAGUAAGUGUUCUAAAGAUGAGCUAUCGGAUUUGCCAGAAACGUGGGACGAGGAAUGUCAAAAGCAUCUUGUGGACUUUGCUGAAAGAUUAAAUAAAGAACUGCGGGCCGCAAUAGGCAUGGAGCCGGUAGAAGAUCCAAAGAAGGCACGCGACGACGUAGUAGAUACGCCAGAAAAGGUCGAGCUGAUGCAAUAUUUGCAUCAGCUGAUGCGACCUGACGAAAUAUUGUCGGACCCGUCGUCUUCCGACGGACAGCCGGAGGACGAACCACACGACUACCAUCGGAUCGAGAUACUAGCCGGGUCCGAAGCGCCCCGCCGGCCCAGCAUUUCCGUCGAAACACAGGACUCUGUGGACAAGGUACUACGGAGCCGGGAGGGGUUCCGGUCGCGGCUCUACCGCAAGUCCGUGGACUCAGCGGAAGACCGUCAUGCGUCCCUGGAAUUGGAGUGCGACUCGAGGCGUGACACGGUUUCCAGCAGCCAGGUAUCGCUGCUCCGGCCCGGUAACUCACUUGAAUCCAACGACACUGCAGACACGCACACCACCACCCAGAGCACGACUUCGCUGACAUCGUGGAGUGACUGCAGCAAGGAUACGAGGUUCGCGGACCGCAGGCAGGCGCGGUGCGACGGCCGGUCAUCGUCGGAGGAGACUGACCCUAGGCGGGCCGCCGUCCUGGUCCGACAACACGCAGCCGUCGAAACCCAAGAAACGUCCAAGAGUGACGACACGUGUAGCUUGUCCACCUCACAAGAAUCGCUGUCCGAGCACGGUGGAGGGUCUAUAACAUUCCACAGGUACUAUCACGUGUUCAGGGAAGGCGAACUCGACCAGCUGAUCGAGAAACACGCUGAUAAUUUGCACAUCAUUUCUUCGUAUUACGACCAAUCAAAUUGGUGCGUUAUCGCCGAAAAGGUACAGGUGUGGACUAUUUAGUGAUGAGUUAUAAUAGUGAUACGUUUAAAAAAAUAAAUAUUUCAAGACUUUGGUUUUUAAAGUGAUUUUAAAACCGUGUAGGUACUAGGUAGUUAUUCUGUAUUCAAACCUAUUUGGUUUUAGGACAUGUGAGUCCAAUAAUUACUUUUCAAUAUUGUUGUAGAUUUGUGUACAUUACAACUAGUCGUAUAUACAUAUAUUAUAAUGUAUUUGAAUGACAACUGUACGGACGUACUUUUUUCAUUUGAUGUUGUGGUGUUUUUCCUAGCUCAUUGUUUACAUAUAAUAUUUUAUAAUUAUACAUUUUCAAUAUCCAACUAUAUUAUCCCUAUAACUAAGUUACAUAAGCUACUUAACUUCAUCUAGAUAGAUAUUAUUAAGUCUAGUUUCCUUAUUAAAAAUUGAAUAAACGUUGUAUAAAUAAAUUAUUUAUUCGGGACUAUAUUGCGGAUACAGAUUUAAAAUGCCACUAUUGUAUAACGUUGUAUUGGUAGUUCUGUAGUUGACCAUUUCGAGGGGAUAUAAGGACAUGGCAUCUUUUUCAACCAACUUUAUGUGUCAUGUAACAUUAGGUUUUUUUUU